UUCCCGCGCGCAACUUCUUAAAUCAGCUGUGCCCGCAGUCACAACGCAACACUGGUCAAGCCACUGUACGAUAGCUCGCACGAUAGUUGCACCUAUCGCAAGAACAAAAGGAAACAGGAGUAGUACAGGAGAAAAACUCACUCGAAAUUUCACUCAAAACAGCUCUCACAGAGGAGAAAAACAAAGUGUAAAGUUCGUACAAAGUCGAAAAAUCGAGGCAAACGCAAAACACGUACAUAUGUAUUUGCAAAGGUAAUUGUUGGUCCGCAAGCGAGGGACCGAACAGCGAACGAAAACACCCAACGAGCAGCAAUAUUUGUGCGACAAAAUCCGAGAGCUGAAUCGAAGGAAAAACCUUUAACGUUACCACCUGCCUUUGCACCCCCUUCCUUCCAAUACUUCUCGCCAGUGCAUACACACCAACACAUACACACGCACACACACACCUGUGCAGCUAUUCUUUUUGCGAAAUCCAAGACGAAACCCAGACCAGUUAGAGCAACAGAAAUCCACGUAGAAACCAGCAAAGCAAACAGCAAUCAGCUCCAAAUGCGUGUGCCAUCGCUUGGGGGAAGGUAGAUAAAUUGAAAAUUGGAAUCGCCGCCGAUCAACGAACGCGUCGAAGGGACGGGUGGACGGACGGGGCCGAUUAGUGCAGUGUCACGUCGCAUCAGCCACAAACGCCGCCGAACAGACGAAAAGACAAGCCAUAGUCAUGUCCAUGCGCACUAAGGUUUUGGGCCUGGUGGAUGUGAUGAUGCGGGUGCCGCCCGUGCUGGUCAUCGAUGAGAUACUGAAGAUUGGCAUGGGCCUGCCCACACGAUUCUAUCCGGAGACCAAUCCGCCCCAGUCGCCGGUAGCAGAGGAUGUGGGUUUUCUAGCCGAUGCAGAUACACCGGGAGCCGCAGCCGAUGCAUUCGUCGCCCUCAAGGCGUUCUUCGGAUUGGGCGAUGCUGCCCAAAGCCCCGUGAUCCCUACCGCCAGCCCACUCGAACAGUCCAUCGAUAAUGCCUCUAAAUCGGCGAUGAAGGACGGGAUGCUCAGCACCGGCUUUAACAUGCUCAUGACCGAGCUGUCACACGACGAGACGCUAUCGGAUGUCCUCAGCAUAACGACGGUCAAAUUCAUGAUAUGCCUAUUCGGUUUCCUAUCCGCCGCUUGCAUUUUCAUGCUCUGGACGCGGCACCUGGUGAUGGUGUACAUGUUUCUCACUUCCCUCGGACUCACGUUCCUCUCCUACUGGUCAAAUGUGAGCGCCCUGGCGCUCAUGGAGCGGAGUCCCUGCAUACUGGAGGACCUGAUAUCGCUCAACACGACGAGAUUACUGGACUCGGGCGGGGUGAUCAUGUCGCUGGCGCCGCACGUCAUGGCGCAGUGGUUCAUGGGCAUGCUCUUCGCGUACAUACACCUAGGACCGAGAUACGAACUGCUGCAGAAGUCAAUGCCCAUUAUAUUCACUAGUCCCAUUCUGGUUGCCAUGCUGCCGCUGCCACCGCACGUGGUAGAACACCUGCCAGUGAUAGCCGGCACCACGCCCAUUAUCCUCACGCUGGUCACGAUGGUGUACAGCUCCAUGGAGGCCAGUCGAACGGUGUACAAUGGCUACCAAUACGCCAUGAACUUUGUCACCAACUUUGGCCUUUCCGCUUUGAUCGAGAACGAGUGGCAGCGACUGAAUGUGCCCAAUGUCUUGCGUGUGUUCUGGACAAUCCGAAUCAUUCAGGGAGGCUAUGCCCUGGCCGUCGCCGAUUCCAAUGAGCCCUUCCAAUUGUUUCCGGCAAUCGAGAAGCUCCUGGUCGAUGGCUGCGAGACACUGACUGCCGUACUGGGCAUGACGGGGGUGAUAUCCAUGAUAUGCCACUACAUUGGCCGAGGCUUUCAGUGGUUUUUGAUGACCUACGACAACGACGAGGAGAAAUCGCUGGGCACCGUCUCUGCGGUGCUCUUCUACAUCCUAGCCCUGCAGACUGGACUCACAUCCCUGUCGCCGGAGAAGCGAUUUGUGCGCUUGUGUCGAAACCUAUGUCUUCUGAUGACCGCCCUGCUGCACUUCUUGCACAACAUCGUCUCGCCCAUACUGAUGUCGCUGAGUGCGGCUCGAAAUCCGUCACGCAAACGCCACGUGCGAGCCCUCACCGUCUGCGCAUUCCUCAUUGUGACGCCCGUUUCAUUGUUGUACUACUUGUGGCUGCAGCGCUCCAUCUCCACAUGGCUGUUGGCAGUCACCGCCUUCUCAGUGGAGGUGAUCGUCAAGGUGCUCGUCUCGCUGGCCACGUACACGCUGUUCUUGCUGGACGCCCGCCGGCAGUUCUUCUGGGAGAAGCUUGAUGACUAUCUGUACUAUGUGCGUGCCUUUGGCAAUUCAGUGGAGUUCUGCUUCGGCAUUCUACUGUUCAUCAACGGCGCCUGGAUACUGAUCUUCGAGUCGGCCCACAAUGCUACAGGCGGCGCCAUCAGAGCCAUCAUGAUGUGCAUCCACGCCUAUUUCAAUAUCUGGUGCGAGGCCCGAGCUGGCUGGUCGGUGUUCAUGAAGCGACGUUCGGCCGUGCACAAGAUCUCGUCCCUACCGGAGGCAACGCCGGCCCAGCUCCAAGCGUUCGACGAUGUUUGCGCCAUUUGCUAUCAGGAAAUGUACUCGGCCAAGAUCACGCGCUGCCGCCACUUCUUCCACGGCGUUUGCCUACGCAAAUGGCUGUAUGUCCAGGAUCGCUGCCCCCUAUGCCAUGAGAUAAUGAUGUACACUGAGAAGGCCGAGGAGAAUGUGCCGGAGCCUGAGCCAGCGGAGGCUGAGCAAGCAGAGCACCUGUAUCCCCGAGACGAUGCGAACAACGCUGGGGCCACGGGCCGCCUACCGGAGAGGGCCAUCGCUGCCGAUGCGACGGAGGCUUCCACAGCCGCCUCCACCUCGAAUGCCGCAACGGAAUCAGCGGCAGUUAUUUCCGAGGCAGCAGCCGCUGCUGCCGAGGCACGAUCCGCUUCGGUCUCCGCCAGCAGCAGCAAUGCCAGCUUCAUCACAGCUUCCAACCAGCCCCCAACACCGUCGGCCACGUCAGCCACGUCGGCAGCGGCGGCUGUGGCCACCGCGGCGGCCAGCAAUACCACGCACAUCUUCCGGGUUACCCAGGAACAGCAGUGAGCGAUGAGGGAUUGAUCGGAUCGAGAUUGCUCGCGUACCUUCUAUCUGUCUAUCAAUCAAUCUAUAUAUCUAUCUACCACUUGA